AUGCUGUUUGAGGAGGAACCAACAAUUGAAAAUAGAUUUGUACUACAAAAGGCUCGAUUAGAGUUGAAGAAAUAUCUGAGCAUAGAGGAGCAAUAUUGGAAGCAAAAGGCUGGUCUGAAUUGGUUUGCUGAAGGGGACGGGAACACUAGCUUUUUUCACAAUCAUGUGAAUGGAAAAAGAAAGAAGCUGCAAUUGAAAAGGAUCCAAAAUUCUAGUGGGGUGUGGAUCGAAAAUCAAGAGCAAAUGGCUGAUGUUGCAAAUAUGGAGUUAAGUAGGCUGCCAACAUUUGAAGAAGUGAAAGGAGCUGUGUUUGAACUAAGUGGGGAAAGUGCUGGUGGUCCUGGUGGAUUUACUGGUUUGUUCUAUCAAUCUUGCUGGGAUAUCGUUGGUAGAGACAUACAUAAUAUGGUAAUGCACUUUUAUGGGGGAGCAACACAUCCAAAAUCCAUAACACACACUAAUCUAGUCCUAUUGCCAAAGAAGCUUAGAGUGGAGACUUUUUCUGACCUAAGACCUAUCAGUUUGAGCAAUUUUACUAACAAGGUGGUGUUUAGGGUGCUACAUGACAAAUUGGAGAAGUUUUUGCCAUUACUGAUAUCUCCUAAUCAUUCUGGAUUUGUGAAGGGUAGGAGUAUCUUUGAGAACAUAUUAUUGACACAAGAGAUAGUGACAGAUAUAAGGCUAAGGGGCAAGCCAGCUAAUGUGGUUAUUAAGCUGGAUAUGGCUAAGGCUUAUGACAGAGUUUCAUGGAAAUAUUUGUUACAUGCGUUGAGAAGAAUGGGAUUUUCAUGGAAACAGAUUUCAUUAACAUGGUUUAGAAUUUGGUGUCAAACAAUUGCAUAUGCUGAUGAUACCAUUAUAUUUGCAUCUACUCAUCCUCCAUCUUUGAGCAAAAUAAUGAAAGUGUUGGGUGAUUAUGAGAAAGUGUCAGGUCAGAUGAUAAACAAAGCAAAGAGUUCCUACUACAUGUUUGCUAAGGUGGCACAUGGAUUAGUUCAAGUAGUGGGGGAUAUUACUGGUUUCACAAGAGGUAAAUUCCAUUUCACAUACCUUGGAUGCCCUAUUUUCUACACUAGAAGGAGGAAGGAGUAUUAUGAGGAUUUUAUCAAGAAGGUGAAAGCUAAGCUACACUCAUGGAAAGGUUUGGGAGCUCUAUAUCAUGUACUUCCUGAAGAUUUUCCUAUCAAUGAAGAUCUACAAGAUGUAGCAGAAUUAAGACUGGAAGGAACAUGGAAUGAACAUCUACUGGAACAAAACUUUACUGAGGAGAUUGAUGAUCAUGUCAGGUCUAAUGUACAUUAUGAGGGCAGUGAGGAGCAUUAG